UUGCUAUGUGCCUGACUGGAGACAGUACUCACUAGCACCUAGUUUAUAUGAAGACAGAGAGUGUUUACUUCCUAAACACUGUGGACGUAGGAGUUGGAAGCAAGGGAAAAAGGGUGGUUUGAUCCGUAACAACGAUGACCUCCGGCAUUCUUGUAGCUACUAAUUCCUUGCAGUGCAUUUCUGGCAUGCCUCAUGAUAAGAAGUCCAGUUGAGCCAGGGGGGUCUCAUUAAUACCUCCACUGUAAAGGGCUUUUAUUGUGGGCUGAAACUUGAGAGCUGUGAGUGGUUACCUGAGCUCCAAAGGGAUGACUCUCCGCAGGCCAGCUGACCACCUACGAAGAGCUCAGAGCUGGAGGAGAUCAGGAGAUGAGUCCUACUGGGAAAGCUUAAUAACAGAGGGGGAGGUUUUGCACCGUGUUUCUCGCCCUCCACGUGCACCUCGGCCCCAGAGUGCCAUUGAAGGACACCAGCUGGAUGGCUGGCUGGAGCACCUGCAGAGGAUAGAGAGCGAACUUCUCAGAGCCCCAGUUCAUGAUCAGGUUCCAGCUUUCAGUGACUGGACAACAUCCAUGCCUACGCUUGACAAAGAGGCAACCGGACGUGCUAAGAGACAGCCGGGGAUCCCCUCCUUUAGCAGGGGUUCAUCUUCAUGUGGAAGUCCCAGCCUGUGUGAGAGUUCUCUGGGCAGCCAGGAGUCCCUCCAAACUGGGUUUCUUUCUCCUCCAGAGCACAGAGAAAGCUGGGAGAGAGCGCAUAUGAUGCAGGCCCCAAGGAAGGAGCAGGCUCAACUCAGUAGUCUUGCUCCAGUCAAAAUUGGGUGGCUGCCAAUCCAAAGAAGAGUGAUGAUGGUGGGUGAUGCUUGCAACCAAAGCCAGUUUUUGGACCACUCUACUUGCCAGGUGAAAUUGAAACAAACCAUCACUCCAACAUUUCAGAAGAAUCUAGCAACAGCAAACAGGCCCCAGGAUGAGGAAGAGGCGGAGAGAAGUCAAAGUGCUUUAGGUGAGAAGACGUGGCAGACACCCGAUCACGGCUCUCCCAAUAUUAAACAGGUGCCAGAAAAACGAAGCUUUCCUGCGAACGAAGGCUACAGACCUGUAGGCUGGCAAGCUCUGAGGAGAGGCUGGAAUACCAACAGGGUGUCAGCUUUCCCUGGAGGCAGUCAGUCCAAUGAGCUCCCCACAGGCACAAGCUCAGACCCCAACAGGAAGUCCUCUCUGAUGAAAACAACCAGCAUAGACCCCCUCAAGCAUGCUCCUCUGCAUCAAACAACUGUUGCCGAUCCCUUCAAACCCUCACACACUGUGCUGCAAAGGACAAACAGCACAGAUACAAACAAGACACAUACGCCUUUGCAUAGAACAGGCAGUGUUCAGCCUAUAAGGGCAACAGCCCCGCUGUAUAGAACGAACAGUAUCUCACAGCCUUCACACAUACAGACAAACUCUGCUGUGACUACACUCAUCCCUCAGAACAAAGCCGGCUUCUCCUCCAUCACCAUCUCAUCCAGGAAAUUGAGCAGAUCAUGCAGUUUGCCUGGCCCCGACACCUGCAACCACUCUUUCCGAUCCAGUGCAUCCGCUUCUUCGCCACUAUCCCACCAGUCCAUGGACCCAAACGCCAGGCAGGUCACAGUGCAGAGGAAGGCCACUAUAGUCAAAGUGACAGAGGAAAGGAUGAUGUCCAGCCCGAGCACAAAAAGGGCGGGGACCCCAACAACUAGCCAUACUUUGGACACAGUGGUCCACAGAAGAAAGGCUACCAUCAUCAAAGUGACAACGCAUAAGGAGAGCUACAGUCCAGCCAAGGCAGGGUCUGGGACGAGGCACCCAGAAUACAGACACAGCUACACAGAAGGAGUGUACAAGGAAAACAGCAUGUGGAGUCCCGGAAAGCAUUCACAACACAAUGCAGCACCUUCAUAUCACCAUCUGGAUUUCAAAAAGGGGCCAAACUCAGCCGAAGCACCAAAUGCAUCCACUUCAGAUCCAGAGAAAAAUGGCAGAACACUACACAGAUCCACGCUGAGUCUUUUUGUGAGCAACCUCCCUGCUAUAGCAGCACCAGCUCCCUCAGAGGUUUCUCCAAAGGCUGUUGGACAGAGAUCGGACAGGCCGCACAGACCACUCAGCUGUUAUGGCAAUAUGUUUGGACACACUGAGCAAAGCAAGGAGAAUGUGACACAACCAGCCACCAGUAAAUGGAGCUUUGAGCAACCACAAGAGACCAAUAUCAACCCUGUGAACUCCGACAGUAGUUUCAUCAGCCGCCGAACAGCAGCAAAAGAAACAGAUCAGCUAGUGGCAGACACCCUGAAGCCAAACGGAGGCCAGAAAGAAAGAUUGCCGCCAGAGAUUGCAGUGAGGAGAGCGUCCCCCUGUCUAACUCUCAUCAAGGCUCCGGAUCCCCAUUCACAUCAGUCUCAAGAGGAAGUGCUUGCCCUCAAUGCAGCUGCCAUCAUAGCAAAUAUCAAACUCCAAAGACAACUUAGUAAGAAGAAGACACCAAAUGGCAAUUGUGAGAAGGACUCCGCUGCAUCACCCCAGGGAAAUGCUGCUGUGACAGAGGACGGGAAAUGUAUGAAGCCACAUCCAGAUCAAAGAACAGUCCAGCGCCACAACCAGCCUCAUGCUUCAUUUGUUCCACUGAGCCCUGACCCUCAAACUCUUUCUCUACAGGACGCACUGCAGCAGUCCAGACCAGACUUCAUCAGUCGUUCCAAGAGCAGACUGCAAGAGCUGGAGCGAAGAGCACAGGAGAGGAGGGAUCUGGCGGAUUCGGUAGACCCACGGUCCGUUGCUGCUCUCAGGCAGGGGAGAGCCCACAGUGCCCAGUGUACCUCUCUGAAUGAUAACCUUUUCAAACCCAGGGAUAGAGCCAUUACUGGGAAAGAAAUGCAGCUGAGAUCUAAGCGUUCGCAUGCUGAGGUGAAAAAGAAAAAACAGGAAGAGAAGAAGAGGGAGGCGUGUUUGAGCAACAGACAGCGAGUUGAACUUUUUAAAAAGAAACUGUUGGCUCAGCUUCUUCAAAGGAGCAACAGCUGAAAAGAAUGACAACAGAUGACGAUGAUGACAUGAAAAAGCCUGUAGCAUUGCAUAACAGACUGAUGGUGUGAACUUUGACCUUUGACAGUGCUGAAUAUGAGUUAAACUAUCAGUGUAGGUCAAGAUAUACCUCUAGCUGUCCUUUAGCUAGCCUUUAGUUUGUUUCCCUCAUGUGUAACCAUUACUUAUUAUUCAAGUUACAGAGCUUAACAUCUGUUUUUCUGUAAGAUAAAGCCAUGGCAAGCUUUCAGAAGCCCAGAAGGUCAUUUAACAUCGCUUACUGUAGCACUGUUUUGAAGGUUUUCCAGAACCUUCAAAGACUCUUUUGCCCAUCUGGAUAAAUAGAUAUUUCUGAUGCACAAUAAAAGAAGACCUUUAAUCAGUUUUCCUUAUUGCGACUCUACUUUAUUAACUAAACAUUAAAUGAAUGAGAAGUUUAUAUUAAUGUGUUGUACAACUCCAUUCAUGGAGAUAUGUCCAUCUUUGCUUGGAUAAGAGACACAAAUUAGCAGUUUAGGACAGGUUAAAUUGUCUUGGGCAGAUGACAGAAAAUACUUGAUGCACUCGGACAGAGUGAAUUGAAAUACCGUCGAAGCAGCGCUAAGUAUUGUUAAAUGGCCUUCUGGGUUUUUGAAAGACUGCCAUAAAUUAUGUCUUAUGUCUUUUGAGAAAAAACACAUGCUGAUCUCUGUGCCUCAGCUGUCCUAGCUGCCCUUGUGAUAUGCAAGAUGGCCAAAAUGAAUGUAUGAAAUCGUGUCUCAACAUUCUUUUUUGGUUGUAUCACGUUGUAUCACAUUGAGCAUCAUAUAGACUCACUGACUGACUUUUGAUGUAAGAUAUAAGCCAGCAAUGUUUGCAGUUUAUCCGUGUUAUCUUGUUUUCAGUUGACUGCAAAUUGCCUUUCUUUCCGGAAUACUUUGUGUGAUGGGAUGCAGAGUAAGCUCUCACUGCAUGAUAAAGCACUGAUGCUGAUGUCCUCACACAGCCACUUUCACAUGAUCUCAUGUGACGUGAAGCAGUGAUACAAAACAAAAUCAUUUAGAAUGCUUCACAGUCCCUUCCAGGACAGUCUUCAACCGCCAUCCUCAUUAUAUAACCAAUAAUCAGAGUGAAGCAUGAGGUGGGCUCUGCCAUUAUUCGGUGCCAGCUACUAGCUGUUAAGAUGGAGCAAUGUGACCUCUUCUCACUGGAAAUGCCCUGUUAAUGGACAGUGCCGAUUUGAAUGGAUCUUUUGUCUCAUGACGGACUGGAGCCCGCCAUUGCAGAUUUAGAUUUGUGGGAUUUAAAGAGAGUGCUGCUCACCAACAUGAUGGAGCUGGGAAUAAAUCAAAAGUGAGAUGUGUGAAUCUUUAUUUGUGAGACAACAGAGCAGACACUUCAUUAUUCCUAAUUGUUAUUUUACUCAUUAGCCUUUAAAGUCAGAGUUCUUUCAUAGUUCAGCUGUUUCAUCUAUCUAAUUUUGCAAUGAUGUCUUUGGUUUUUGUAAACCUUAUAUUAAUGUCAUAUAAGUGCCCAUACAUGUGUGGGUGUCUUUAGACUAUAGGAGAUCAUCAAUAACAGCACUCGUGGUUCUGUUUGUUUCUUUUUUUUUAAAUUAGUAAUUUUAGACUUGAAAGUAGAACACAACUAUGAACCAUGACUGCUGGUUGAAGGUUAUUUACUCUGUGUGUGUGUGUAUGUGUGUGUGUAUGUGUGUGUGUGUGUGUGUGUGUGUGUGUGUGUUUUCUCUAUUCAACUUUACAUAGAAGGUUUCACUAUGCAAUGUAUUUCUUUAAAUUUCAACUUUAGGUAUUUUAUAAUUGAAAUUAAUUUGAUGUAUUUAAUAUUUGAGUUGUGUUUAGAUAUUAUUUUCUUCCAAAUGUGACUGUAAAAUAUUUGUCUCUAAGUACUGGUGAAAAGUUGUGUCCCCCCCCCCCAACUGUAUCGACAUAA